UUGUUGUAGUGGGCACUGGUUAGCCGUCAGUGGUUAGCGAGAGGAACCAGAGGAGUGGAUCUGAGAAGAGGCAGAGCUGCAGCCACAGCUCCACCACUCCUCUGUUUACCUACCAGGACCACCUCUGCUCGUACCGGCACUGCGGCUGGGACGUCUCUCUCUUGCUCUCUCCCCUCCCUCCCUCCCUCCUCUGCCUCUCUCUAACACUACCUGACUCCCUCCUCUCUCUCUCUCCGUCUGUCCCGGAGCACUGACAGACUGUUUUUGUAGCUGCAUCAUCUUUUAGGCAGCUGCCCCUCUUUCUACCCUUCCUUUCCAUCUCCUUCACUUCUCCUCUCUGUCUUACCCUCUCCCCUGACUUUGUUGCCAAAAUGUACCGGAACCCUUGGAUCUCGAAUUACCUGACUCAUGUCAAGUUUUGCAGCCAAGGACUUGGGAGUGAGACCCCUAUAAAACUAAGUAAUCCCAGGCUGCUGCAGAAGAGAGCUUUGAGCUUCCAGAAAGAAUUCUCCUUUGAGGAAAAAGACGAGCCAGCCAAAAGCACCAAGGAUAUAGAUGUUAGUCUCUUGGCCAAUCUCCCCAAAGUGUCUGAACUGAGGAAACGAUUCGAAGGCAUUACAACAAGUGCAAGUGACUGGGAAAUGAACAGAAAGGAGCGUAUUGCUCGGCGGUUGGAGGGCAUAGAGGGUGAGGUGCAUCCGUCUCUGCUGCCCAGCUUGGUGGCCAAUCGGCUUCUAGAGGAGGAUACACCGAGAUACACCAGGGCCUCUGACCCCUGUGAGCCCUGUGGUGUUACAGUCCAGCGGUACGGCGUUGAGGGAUUCGAAAGCUCAGAAAUGCAGCCGAAGGCUCCGGAGCGACAGUCCAGAGCUCGAUGUAGACCUGACCCUCAGUCCUCUGUCCACACAGAGCCAGUCUACAGUUCAGGCUCCACCACCAGCGGCCCAGAGCUGGAGUCCAAGGCUGAACGAAUCGCCCGCUACAAGGCAGAACGGCGCCGGCAGCUGGCCGAGCGCUACGGUAUCGCCUUGGAUCAGGAGCCGGACUUGGACUAUCCCUCUCGCUACACCCGCACCCAGAGGGAGUCGGAAGGCUCGGAGAGGCAAAACAGAGAGGCGUCUGUGGGGGAAGAAGGGAGAGACAUCAACCUGACUUCCACCAGCCCGAGGUCCGGACGCACAGCACACCACCAGGGCCACGGCGACCCGGGCUACGAGAUGGGCCGCACCAGGGUGGACUCGUUCUCAGAGAGGGAGAGGCUGAUGAACCUAGAGAACCAACGCAGGGCUGCUCCUCCAGAGCCGCCGUCCUCCUCAUACAUGGAUGUGACAUCACUGUCCUCAGCCGGCAGGGUGCCGGCCAGGGACUAUCCGGUCACAGGGAUGCCACCCAGUUCACCCAAGCUGAGCAGGCACCCUUCCCUCUCCUCACCUAAACACGGUGCGUCUCCUGGAGACCUCUUCAUCGAGCAGCAGGCCCACAACAUCCUCAGCCGACAGGGUGCGAGAGCGAUGCUCAGCACUGAUUGGUUCCUCCAGACUGAUGCUGAGGGCGACACCCACUCCCUCAUCAACUGGCCAUCGAGAAUCAGAGUUAGGGAGAGGCUGGCCAGGGACGAGGGCCGCCAGAGGAGCCCAGAGCUGGGAAAUGUUACAGAAGCCCCAGUGUACCGCAGACAAUUUCAGCACCAGUCCCAGACCCACCCCCACCAUCACACCCAGGCUCAGCUCACCCGACCUGGGCAAGCUGGAGGACAAGAACUUGUCGGUUACCCCAGCUACCUCUCCAUGGCCUCUGGUCCCACCUCCAGAGGCGGGCAGCAGCAGCAUCAGGCCCAGGAGGAGGAGCCUGAGGAGAUGGAGGAUGUGAAGACAGAGGGACUCCUGAGGAGUAGGAAGGCAGUGCUGCCCUCGGAGAUCCGCCGUAGGGAGAGAAGCGUUGAAGACCCACGGAGAGGAAGAGGGGAAGAGGACACGGGGAUGUCCAAGGUGCAAAGCCUCAGGCAGCCAAGAGAGGCCGAGACAGAGGAUGUUGGAAGAGACAGACACAGAGGGAGAGCCAGGUGGGACGAAACCGAGCACAGCUCCCGUCUGCAAGCAGCAGAGAGCAGGCCCAGAGAGAGGGAAAACCCCUUUUACAUCCCCAAAGGGCUGCCCGCAACUCACAUCCAGCCCAGAGCGGCACAUGCAGGCGCAGGAAGCUCCACCUCCAGCACCGCCUUGAGCCGCACCGUGUCAGACGCCGUGGAGCCCAGUCAAAGGAACCUGCAGCACCAGACCCACGACCCUCGAGAGCUCAGGCAGGCUGAAGCGUUCAGCAACGGAGAGAGUCACCAAGACUCCCGGGUGUCUGUGGCCCAGCUCAGACAUUCCUACAUGGAGAGCACCACCACCCCUCCAGCCAGGCGCAGGAACGAGCUUGAGGUUGAAGGGGACAGGGCACCUGCGGGCUACGAGGCCCCUUGGAGAGGGGAAAGGGACAGGGGGCGCAGGCCCCGGCAGUAUAUCAAUCCCGGGGAGAGUAGAAAGACCUCAGAGAGGUUUAGGACUCAGCCCAUCACGUCUGCUGAGCGCCAGGAGACUGAUAGGUCCUGUGUGAGCUCAGAUUUUGCUUCCGCUGAGGCUGAUGAAGAGAAGCUGGAUGAACGGGCCAAGCUGAGCGUAGCAGCCAAGCGCUCUCUCUUCAGGGAACUAGAGAAGAGCAUUGAUGGCGGAGCUCCUAAACCUCGAUCCAGGAACGCAGCGGUGGACAGGAGACUGAGGCGAACCCAGGACCGAUCCAGAACUCAGCCCGUCACCACUGAGGAAGUAGUCAUCGCCGCCACCGUUCCCUCUCAUGUGCCACAAACGGCGAGUGUUCACACUGCUGUAGCUCGCAUCCCUAGCCCCACCCUAGUUUGCAGCACUGUCCCACCGUACAGCCUGCAGGCAUCCUCACAGCAGAGCGCCGCCGCCCAGGAGCAGGCGCGGGAGGCGUGGUUGAUGCAGGAUACACAGGAGGCCCAGCGCUCCAAGCCGGUGUCCACGAUGGAGGGGAAAGACCAGAGUCAGGCUCAGACUCAGACUCAGAGUCAGAGUCAGGCUCAGGGUCAGGGUCAGGAGGAGCCCGACCUCUGCACCCUCAGCCUGGCAGAAAAGAUGGCACUGUUCAACCGGCUGGCUCAGCCUCCGACCAGGGUUACCCGCACCAGAGGGGACACGCGCCAGCGCAGGUCCAGUGCUCGCUACCAGACACAGCCCAUCACACUGGGAGAUAUGGAUCAGGACUCCUCAGACAUAGACAUCAGGGAUGAGCAGGAGUUGUGUGACAGCCCAGUAGAGCAGCUACAACUUCAGAAUGGUGCAGGCUCUCGGUUCGGACACCUCCCAUCUUCGUCGUCCGCCUCUGCACUAACGGCUGGGGGCACAGUGUCCACUGACCACGCUGGAGACAUCCACAUAACCAGAGCACCGGCAGCGCGGGUGGAAAACCUCCCUCCCAGCUCUGAUAGGUCUCUGCCCCCUCAGCACCCAGACGGCCCGGCCUGGAUGUCCCAGGACUCCGUGGACCACCAGAGGUACCGAAGCUUGCCCCAGGGAGAAGACCUGGGCGGAGGGAAAAGGAAGCUGCCCUCUCCUGAAGGGUCAGUCAGGCAGGCCACUCUGCCACAGCCCCAUACUGGAAGAGAGAGGAGGGGGGAGGAGGAGGAGGAGGAGGAGGAGUUUGAGCAGUGGCUGUCCAGAGGGAGGGGAGAGGGGGCCGUGCAGAGCUCAGAGAGCCACAUGCUGCUGGAGAGGCAGGAGCAGAGGGGGUAUCUGAGGGAGGAAGGACACUACCCUGACAUCCAGAGGAGCGGGGUCGUCAGCGGAGAGCUGGUGGUAACAUCCACAGCAGCAUCUGGUUUGGCCAAGACUGUGUGUCAGCCUCCAGCAGCAGAAGAGGACACUUACACAGACGACCUGCUUCAGCCUGAGGAGGGAGACGAAAUGAGCGACAUGAUGACGGCCAGACACAUGUCCAUCAAAGAGAGAGUUGCCCUGUUGAAGAAGAGCGGUGAGGAGGACUGGAGGAACAGGAUCAAUAAGAAGCAGGAUGUGGUGAAUGUUGCCGUGGGCGAGCAGCACGCUCAGCUCUGGGAGGUGGAGCAGAGCUUCAAGAAGAAGGACGACGAAGCGCUGAUGAUGAUCGAUGAGUUUGCUGUGUCCGACCAGCUGUGGGAGCCAGUCUUUGCUUCUACUUUCUCUGCUGCUCCUGAGCCUCCUUUCCAAACCCCUUCCCCUGAUGACUCAGCCAGCCAGGCCACCAGAUCUCCCAGACCCGUGCAGGUGGAUGAGAAACACCCCUGGAGACGGAAGAGAAUAGCUGAGGCGGAGAUGGAGUGCCAGAGGAUCGAGGCUCACAUGUCCAUCCAGGAGAGGAAGCAGCUGAUAGUGGCCCAGGAGGAGGCGUGGAAGACCAAAGGCCACGGAGCCGCCAACGACUCCACCCAGUUCACUGUGGCUGCGCGCAUGGUGAAGAAAGGCUUGGCCUCUCCCUCUGCCCUCCAGUCUCCGGUCCCAUCCAAACCUAAGAACAGCAGCCCGGCCAUCUCCAAACCACAGGAAGACAUGGAGGAGGUGUCUGAUACUGAAGAGAUCAAGGCCAUACCAGAUCUGAACCUGGAGUCAGACAUGAAGCUGGAUAAGCUGGAGUCGUUCCUGGGAAAGCUCAACAGUAAAGUGUGUGGACUUCCAGAAGCUACCAUCACAGUGACGGAGAAGAAGGUGAAGGAGGUGAUGACCCUGGAAGAUGAGACUUUCUCCAAGUUCUACCGCCACGUGGAGGAGCUGCCCUCCAUCGUCAACAGGGUGGAGAUAGACGACGACUUUGACGCCAUCUUCGGUCCGCAGGUGCCAAAGCUGACCUCGGAGAUGGUGCAGCACAAGCGAGCGGUGCGCCCGGCGCGCAACGUCCAAGCGUCCAGGAACCCUCUGAAGAUGCUCGCCGCCAGGGAAGACAUCAGACACGAGUACACAGAGCAGAGGCUGAACGUGGGGCUGCUGGAGAGCAAGAGGAUGAAGGCUGAGAAGAUGAAUAAGAACUCGGGCUUCUCUGAGGUGGCUCUGGCUGGACUCGCCAGCAAAGAGAACUUCAGCAACGUCAACCUGCGCAGCGUCAACAUCUCCGAGCAGAUGUCCAACAACAGUGCCGUGCCGUACAAGAAGCUCAUGCUCUUGCAGGUCAAAGGCCGACGGCACGUCCAGACCAGGCUGGUGGAGCCCAGAGCGUCCUCCCUGAACAGCGGCGAUUGUUUCCUGCUCAUCGCGCCGCACCACUGCUUCAUCUGGACCGGAGAGUUCGCCAACGUCAUCGAGAGGAACAAGGCUUCAGAGUUGGCCAAUUUCAUCCAGAGCAAGAGAGAUUUGGGUUGUCGGGCCAACUACGUUCAGGUCAUCGAGGAGGGCAUCUGCACAAACAGCCACCCUGCCAAGGAGUUCUGGAAGAUUCUGGGAGGACAGUCAAAUUAUCAGUCUGCAGGAACCCCAGAUGAAGAUGAGCUGUAUGAAGGCGCCAUUGUGGAGACGAACUGUAUUUACCGCCUGAUGGAUGACAAACUGGUCCCAGAUGAUGACUUUUGGGCCAAGAUGCCUCGCUGUUCCUUGCUCAACCCCAAAGAGGUUUUGGUGUUUGACUUCGGCAGUGAGAUGUACAUUUGGCACGGGAAGGAAGUGACGCUGGCACAGAGGAAGGUGGCCUUUCAGCUGGCCAAGCACCUGUGGAACGGCACCUUCGACUACACCAACUGCGACAUCAACCCGCUCGACCCGGGAGAGUGCAAUCCACUCAUACCCAAGAAAGGCCAGGGUCGACCAGACUGGGCCGUGUUCGGCAGACUGACUCAGCACAAUGAAACCACUCUAUUCAAAGAGAAGUUCCUGGACUGGAGCGACUCGAGGAAAACCCCCAGCCCCACAAAAAACACCAACGACCACAUGACGGAUCAAAAGGAGCAGUCCACCUCCGAUCAGCCCCGGGCGUAUGACGCCUCCCUGAUGCUGCCCCUCCAUCAGGCGCCUGUCUGCACCAAACUGGAUGGGUUCAAUGUGGGGCGGGGCUACGGCCUGGUGGAGGCGGAGGAUUGGCGGAGCUAUGAGAUCAGCACUCUGGCGGUGGAGGUGUGGCACAUCCUGGAGUUCGACUACAGCCGCCUGCCGCGCCAGAGCAUCGGCCAGUUCCACGAAGGCGACACCUACGUGGUGAAGUGGAAGUACAUGGUCAGCGCUGCAGUUGGGAAGAGACAGAACCCGGAGCAGCUGAGGACGGCGGGGGCCGGGAAGGAGAAGUGCUGCUACUUCUUCUGGCAGGGCCGCAACUCCACCGUGAGCGAGAAAGGAACAUCGGCACUGAUGACGGUGGAGCUGGACGAAGAGCGAGGAGCGCAGGUUCAGGUCCAGCAGGGUAAAGAGCCUCCAUGCUUCCUGCAGUGCUUCAAGGGAGGGAUGGUGGUCCACUCAGGGAAGAGAGAAGAGGAGGAGGAAAACUCACAGAAUGACUGGCGUCUGUACUGCGUGCGGGGAGAGGUGGAGGUGGAGGGCCACUUGCUGGAGGUGGCCUGUCACUGCAGCAGCCUGCGCUCCAGAGUCUCCAUGGUGCUGCUGAGCGUCAGCCAAGCCCUCAUCUACCUGUGGCACGGCUGCAAGACUCAGGCACACACACGGGAGGUUGCACGCACCGCCGCCAACAAGAUCAAAGAGCACUGUCCUCUGGAAACGGGCCUCCACAGCAGCAGCAAGGUGACCAUCCGGGAAUGUGACGAGGGAACAGAGCCCAUGGGAUUCUGGGAAGCCCUUGGGAGGAGGGAUAGGAAAGCGUACGACUGCAUGCUGCAAGACCCAGGCAGGUUCAACUUCACGCCUCGUCUCUACCAGCUGAGCAGCAGCUCAGGUGAGUUUGCAGCUGUGGAGUUCCUCUACCCUGCCAGAGACCCCAAGGAGGUCAACUCCAUGCCCUUCCUGCAGGAGGACCUUUAUGCAGCCUCACAGCCAGCCCUGUUCCUGGUGGACAACCACCAUGAGGUUUACCUGUGGCAGGGCUGGUGGCCUCAGGACAGCGAAAGCACCGGCUCGGCCCGAAUCCGCUGGGACUCUGACAGGAAGUGUGCCAUGGAGACUGUGCUGCAGUACUGCAGAGAAAAGAAUGAGAAGAAGCCCCCUAAAUCCUAUCUGAUCCACGCUGGUCUGGAGCCGCUCACCUUCACCAACAUGUUCCCCAGCUGGGAGCACAGAGAGGACAUCGCUGAGAUCACUGAGAGGGAGGCAGAGGUGUGUAACCAGAUUAUCCUGGUGGAGGAUGUGUUGGCCCGGCUGUGUAAAACCACGUACCCCCUGGCAGACCUUCUGGCCCGGCCGCUGCCUGAGGGAGUCGACCCUCUUCGCCUGGAGGUCUACCUGUCCGAUGAGGACUUUGAGGGUGUAGGGGCUUAUGGGAAGAAAGCCCUGGAGAUGAACAGAGAGGAGUACGGGGGUUUGCCCGUCUGGAAACAGGUGAACUUGAAGAAAGCCAAAGGACUUUUCUAAACGGCUGGAACAGAGAGAUGGACUUAAGCCACCGAGAUGUUGUUUUGUCUCCUCUUUUAUUUCCGCCUGCACACAACUGAGGCUCAGGGGUAGCGACUCCUGAGUUAAUGGAGGGAUGAAAAAGCACGGGAGGAGUUACAAAGUCGUGUUAGAGAUGAUCAGCGGGCGAGAGGUGUGCCAGCUUUCUCGUGCCGCAGAUUUCUUUCUCAUCUGCUUUUUGUGUCGGUGUUUUUGUCAGUAGGAGACAAAUGUCGGCAGAUGCACCUCUGAGUGAAAACAGAGCUUGUUUAAAUGUACACUCUGUUAAUGUUUGUACAUAUGUACAAUACACAGGACAGCCAGUGCCCUUACAGUGUGGGCGAGUGGGAGCAGGCCUGUCAGCCCGUUCAACACACUCCACUUUACACUCUCUGCUACUCCUGUAUGUAUGUUUAUGCAGUUCAAAUAAUUUAUAUUUAUAUCAAAUCUACAUAGGAUUUUUUAAAAGCUUCAUGAAUAUUCACUGAACUAAAAUAAAUAGAAUAAAGUGUAUAAUGAAUGUUGAGGAGGUUGGUGUCAUGUUGAUAAAUACUGGAUCUGUCUUGCUGUACAAUUCACCAUUUGCCAUUUACAAAUCAAACGAUGCAGUUUUUUUUUUUCUCUUUUUUUUUGAUGCGUUUAGUGUCGUUAAUAUUUCAGAUAGAAGAAAGGAUACAGAUUAAAGGCAAAGAUGGAGUGAUGAUGAAAUGUAUUUGAUUUUUAAGUCCCACAGUGUAUAGUGCCUUGCUUUGUGUACAGUUUAUAUACAGAUCAUAGUCUGCAUUUUGAAGACUUUUGUGAUAUGAAGAGCUACUAGAGAAAUAAACCCUGAAAGUUGAAGAUCUGAAAA